CUCCGCCUCCUGCUGCUGCUGCUGAUUGAGGGAGCGGAGCGGCUCGUCGCGCGGCCGGAGGGACCCGCGAGCCUUUUCUCUUUCUCUUCGCCGCUGCGUCCUCCUCCUCCUCGUCCCUCCCCUCCCCUCUCCCCGCCGCCAUUUUCCUCUCCCUCCUCGGCGCCCCGCCGCAGCCGCAGCCGUCGUCAGGUUUCAUCUCUAAUUAAAAUGUCUAAUGGUUAUGAAGAUCACAUGGCUGACGACUGCAGGGACGAUAUCGGCAGAACAAAUUUAAUUGUUAACUACCUUCCUCAGAACAUGACCCAGGAUGAGUUACGGAGCCUGUUUAGCAGUAUAGGGGAGGUUGAAUCUGCCAAGCUUAUUCGUGACAAAGUUGCAGGACACAGCUUGGGUUAUGGUUUUGUGAACUAUGUGACGGCUAAAGAUGCUGAAAGAGCAAUAAACACACUGAAUGGCCUGAGACUUCAAUCCAAAACUAUCAAGGUGUCAUAUGCUCGCCCAAGCUCUGAGGUGAUUAAAGAUGCCAACUUAUACAUAAGCGGACUGCCGCGGACAAUGACACAGAAAGACGUUGAAGACAUGUUUUCACGGUUUGGACGCAUUAUCAACUCGCGUGUUCUGGUUGAUCAAACUACAGGCUUGUCCCGAGGGGUGGCGUUUAUCCGGUUUGACAAGAGAUCAGAAGCCGAGGAAGCGAUUUCAAACUUCAAUGGCCACAAGCCUCCGGGCUCCUCCGAACCAAUCACGGUGAAGUUUGCAGCCAACCCUAACCAGAACAAAAAUGUGGCACUGCUGUCACAGCUGUACCACUCACCAGCUAGACGGUUUGGGGGGCCCGUCCAUCACCAGGCCCAGAGAUUCAGGUUCUCUCCUAUGGGUGUAGAUCACAUGAGUGGGCUUUCUGGUGUAAAUGUCCCAGGAAACUCCUCUUCGGGCUGGUGUAUCUUCAUCUACAACCUUGGCCAAGAUGCCGAUGAGGGAAUCCUCUGGCAGAUGUUUGGCCCCUUUGGCGCGGUGACUAAUGUGAAAGUCAUCCGCGACUUCAACACCAACAAGUGUAAAGGCUUUGGCUUUGUGACAAUGACAAACUAUGAAGAAGCCGCCAUGGCCAUAGCGAGUCUUAACGGCUACCGGCUGGGGGACAAAAUCUUGCAGGUUUCCUUCAAAACCAACAAGUCCCACAAAUAACUUCGCUCGUGGCUUUUUUUUUUUUUUUUUUUUGUAUGGAAUAGAUAAUUGAGUGACGAAAAAGUUUGAAUUUUUUUUGUUUUUGUUAGUGUACAACUCAUUUUUUUGCGCCAAUUUUCACGAAGUUGUUUGUCUUUAGUCUAAAUGAAAAGUGGAAAGGGGUUUUAUACUCUGGGAUGCCACCGACAUGUUCAAAUGUUUUGGGUUUUUAAAAGUCCCAUAAUGGUUCUACUCGUGUUUUUUUUAAAGUUCCUUUUCAAGUAGUACUGUUCGCAAUCUCCCCUUGAACCCCAAAAUCUAAAUCCCCAAAAACUGCACCCUGGGGUGCCAGUGAAACUGUCAGACAUGUGUUCCCUUAAGAGACUGCUGUUAAUUUCACUGAAUAGAGUUUGCCAAGGCAGGACUUCAGCCAACCCUCUGUUGAUCCCAGUACCUUUGGGCAAUGCUUUUAGUUAAUAGCAACUUCUCCUUUAUCAAGUAAUUUGCUAGUUAAAAUUAACUUAUUGGUGAAGGAUGACCUCAAGGAAGUCUGGUGAAUAUGAAAUGCCAGCACUGUGUAGCACCAUUGACGAUGUUUGUCACUCAGUAGGCAAAAUCCAAACUGGAAAAAAAAAAUUAAAAGUGUUUUUUUUCCCCUUUAAAAGCCCAGCUUCCAUAAAAAAGGACCAAAGAGUUUUGAGAAAACUCUGGGGUGAUUUCAGAGUAAAAGGAAAGAAAAAAUGAAAUUCCAAACCCAGCAUUGCCACUUCCUCAGAAUUCUUACCUUCAAAUAGCGUGUUUCUGUGCAUUGCUUUUUGGUAAAAUAAAUGUGGCAAGAUUUAAUAUUAAUCGUCUUUCACAUAUUUUUAGUUUGAAUAACUGAGUUCUUAGAAUUCUCUUAUGAAGAUGUUGCAAACAUUUGAGCAUCAUAAUUUUUUGCAUCCCUUCUAAUAAUUACUAGAUUUUUUUUUCAUAUUUUAAUAGUUUGUUUUGACAAAUAGCUUUACAUAUUGAACGCUCAGCAGAGAAUACAUUAAAACUUACAAGUUAGAGAUUAAAGAGACAAAUUUUUGAUUUUCGUAGACUUAAGAUAUUAAUUAAUCCCCAAAGUUUUCUUCAGGCUGCCUUGAAACUUUGAGUUCUGUUUUAUGUUAAUUUUCUUUUGCUUUUUUGUGUUUUCGUUUGUUUUUACUUUUGCAUUUAAGACCAAUUAAAUUUGAUUUGGUUUUGCUGAAA